CGUCGUACUUGAUAAUUCCUGCUCCCUAACUUCGAGGGCGAGACAAGCUCUCUCUCUCACCACUUUAUAUCAGAGUGAAACCCCAAAAAGAAAAAGAAAGCGAAAAAGCUCUCCGUCUCAAACUCUAUAAUCUUCAUUGUCUAUUUCAUCACUGAAAGAAAAAAAAAAAAGCAAAACCACUACAUUUAAAGCAGACACAAAACCCAAAUAAAUAAAAAAAAACAAAUUCUGAGUUCAAAUUCUUUUCUUCUCAUCGGAGCAAACAAAUGCCACUUUGCCCCACUUCUCGUCCAAAGUAUCCUUCUUCCUUUUCCCACAAAAUAUAAAAAUCAAACCCAGAAAGAUGAUUACCGAAAUUCUGGUUUUCGCCAGAGCUUCUGACACAGAGAAGCGAAGAAGAAGAAGUAGAAGAAGAAGAAGUGGAAGAAGAAGAAGAAGAAGAAGAGAAAAAGAAGAAUAAGAAGACGAAGAAUAGAGUGGUGGAAUUGAGGGGAAAUUCGGGAAUGGCGAGCUCGAGCGGGACGAAGACCGAUGGGGGCCCGCCGAGGACGCUGUCGAGGGGGAUGACGAGGAUGCCGACGCGGUCGGUGGAUUUGCCCAACGAGGACAAGGCAGCCUUUGAUAGUGAGCUCGUACCCUCCUCCUUGACCUCUAUCGCUCCGAUUCUCCGCGUCGCCAAUGAGAUCCAGAAGGAAAACCCUAGGGCCGCUUACCUUUGUCGCUUCCAUGCAUUUGAGAAGGCCCAUUCGAUGGAUCCAACAUCCAGUGGACGUGGUGUUCGCCAGUUUAAGACACAUCUGUUGCACCGGCUUGAAAGGGAAGAAGACGAAACAAAACAUAUACUUGCUAGAAACGAUCCAAAAGAGAUUCUGUUGUUUUACCAGCAGUACUAUGAUAAGAAUAUCAGAGGAGGAGAAUAUACAAAAAAACCGGAGGAGAUGGCUAGGAUUUGUCAGAUUGCAACAGUACUGUAUGAGGUGCUGAAGACUGUGGUACCUCCAAAUCAGAUAGAUCUGCAGACACAAAGAAUCGCUGAGGAUGUCAUAAAGAAAAGGGACCAGUAUGCACAUUAUAACAUUCUUCCAUUGUAUGCUGUUGGGGUUAAACCGGCAAUUAUGGAACUUCCAGAGAUCAAAGCAGCACUUCAUGCUCUACGCAAUGUGGAUAAUCUUCCAAAGCCCAGAAUUCAUUUUCCAGUCACCGGACCUGAUGAUAAAACAACAGUCCCUACAGAGCGGGUUGGACCUGUCAAUGAUAUACUUGAUUGGCUUGCCACUAUAUUUGGGUUUCAGAAAGGAAAUGUCGCAAAUCAGAGAGAACACCUCAUAUUGCUUCUUGCGAACAUUGAUGGAAGGGGGAGGAAUCCUGGAGAGUAUACACAAUUGGAAAGUGGUACUGUAGUACAGUUGGUGGACAAGAUUUUUAAAAAUUACCGUUCAUGGUGUAACUAUUUGCAUUGUAAGUCACAUCUAAGGUUUCAGCAAGGUACUGACAUCCAACAGCUGCCACUUAUUUACGUUGCGCUUUAUCUUCUUAUAUGGGGUGAAGCUUCAAAUAUUCGGUUCAUGCCUGAAUGCUUAUGCUACAUUUUCCAUAAUAUGGCGAAUGAGGUCUACGGGAUUCUCUAUAGCAAUGCCGGUUCUGUAAGUGGAGAUGCAUAUCCAAAUGAAGCACGUGAUGAAGAGUAUUUUUUGAGGACUGUUAUCACCCCAAUUUAUGAUGUGUUGCACAAGGAAGCAAAGAGAAAUAAAGGAGGAAAGGCAAGUCAUUCAAGUUGGAGAAACUAUGAUGAUCUCAACGAAUACUUUUGGUAUGAGAAAUGUUUUAGCAGCCUAGGGUGGCCGAUGGAUCAUAAAUCGGACUUUUUCAGGCAUUCAGAUGGGAUACCACCUGCAAAUGAGAGGCUAAAUCAAGCUCCUAGUGGAAGGAGGAAGCCUAAAACAAAUUUUGUGGAAGUCCGUACAUUUUUGCACCUCUACAGAAAUUUUGAUCGGAUGUGGAUUUUCUUUAUACUGGCUUUCCAGGCCAUGGUCGUUGUUGCGUGGAACACUUCUGGAUCUAUUGCAGCUUUCUUUGAUGCGGAUGUCUUCAGAAGUGUUCUAACCAUCUUCAUCACUUCUGCUUUCCUUAAUUUUUUACAAGCUGUUCUGGAUAUAGUUCUUAGUUUCAAUGCAUGGAAAAGCUUAAAGAUCACUCAAAUUGUGCGAUACCUCUUGAAAGUUGUAGUGGCUGCUUUCUGGGUCGUGGUCCUGCCAAUUUUUUACUUCAGUUCAUUGCAGAAUCCGACAGGGCUUGUGAGAUUCUUUAGCAGUUGGGCUGGAGAUUGGACAAAUCAGUCAUUUUAUAACUAUGCAGUUGCAAUUUAUUUGCUACCCAACAUAUUGGCUGCUGUACUGUUUGUUCUUCCACCCUUACGAAAAACGAUGGAGCGUUCUAACUUUUGGAUGGUCACUCUUCUUAUGUGGUGGGCUCAACCAAAGUUGUAUGUAGGAAGAGGCAUGCAUGAAGACAUGUUUUCACUUCUGAAAUAUACAUUUUUUUGGAUCAUGCUGCUAAUCAGCAAGCUGGCAUUUAGCUACUAUGUUGAGAUAUUGCCUCUAGUGGAACCAACAAAGCUGAUAAUGGAGAUGCCUAUCGAUAAUUAUCAAUGGCAUGAAUUCUUUUCAAAUGUAACGCACAAUAUUUGUGUCGUCAUUGCAAUAUGGGCACCAAUUGUUCUGGUUUAUUUUAUGGAUGCACAAAUAUGGUAUGCCAUUUUUUCUACUCUAUUUGGUGGGAUACAUGGGACCUUCAGCCAUCUGGGUGAGAUAAGAACACUUGGGAUGUUGCGGGCCAGAUUUCAAGCUGUGCCUAGAGCUUUCAGUAAACGUCUCAUGCCAUCAUCGGAAAAGGUUGCUGCACGGAAAGACGAGAUUAAAGAUGAGGAUCCAAAUGUGAGAGAGAAUAUUGCCAAUUUUUCUCAAGUGUGGAAUGAAUUCAUAAUUUCUAUGCGACAGGAAGACCUCAUCAGCAAUAGAGAUAAAGAUUUGCUGCUUGUUCCUUAUUGCUCCAAUGAUGGUUCUGUUAUCCAGUGGCCCCCUUUCCUGCUCGCUAGUAAGAUUCCUAUAGCACUGGAUAUGGCAAAAGAUUUCAAGGGGAAGGAGGAUGAUGAAUUAUUUAAGAAGAUUAAGGGCGAUUACUACAUGGAUUCAGCAGUAACUGAAUGCUAUGAGUCACUUGGGGAUAUAAUAUAUGGCCUUCUGCAAGAUGAAGCUGAUAGGAUGGUUAUAAAGAAGAUACGUGACGAAGUUGACGUAAGUAUAGAAAGGCAGGAAUUUUUGACUAAUUUUCGGAUGAGCGGGCUUCCCUCUCUUAGUGAGAGGUUGGAGAAAUUCUUAAAACUAUUGCUAUCAGAUGAUGGAGAACUUGAGACUAAACAACAUCAGAUAAUCAACGUCCUUCAGGAUAUUAUGGAAAUUAUCAUAAAAGAUGUUAUGGUUUAUGGACAUGAAAUCUUCGAAGCCAUUCAUCGUCAAAAUAUAGAUGUUCAAAGUGAUAAAAAAGAGCAGAGAUUUGAGAAGAUUCAUAUCCAGCUUGCAAAAAAUAAAUCGUGGAGGGAGAAGGUGGUCAGGCUUCAUUUGCUUUUGACUGUCAAGGAAUCUGCCAUAAGUGUGCCUCAGAACUUGGAAGCUCGCCGCCGCAUAACUUUCUUUGCAAACUCCCUUUUUAUGAACAUGCCAAGGGCUCCUGUAGUUCGUGACAUGCUCUCCUUUAGUGUUUUGACUCCGUACUACAAGGAAGAUGUCCUUUACACUGAUGAGGAACUUGAUAAGGAAAACGAGGAUGGGAUAUCUAUUUUGUUCUACCUGAAGAAAAUAUAUCCUGAUGAAUGGACAAAUUUCACGGAUCGGAUAGAUCCCAAAAAUGAAUUAUUUGAGGAGGACAUGUCAGAGUCAAUUCGUGAGUGGGUAUCUUAUAGGGGGCAAACACUUUAUAGGACAGUGAGGGGGAUGAUGUACUAUAGGCAGGCUUUAGAGCUUCAAUGCUUCCUUGAAUUGGAGGGACAUAAUGAUAUCUUUGGUGGCUACCGAAGCUUGGACUUAAACGACAGAGCUCAGAAGGGUUUCCGUGAUCGUGCACAAGCUCUAGCCGAUUUGAAGUUUACUUACGUUGUCUCUUGUCAGGUCUAUGGUGCUCAAAAGCAAUCCGAUGAUGCUCGUGACAAAAGUUGUUAUAAGAAUAUUCUCAAGCUGAUGUUGACACACCCAUCGCUGCGUGUUGCUUACAUAGAUACAGUUGAGUGCACAGUGAAUGGAAGACCCCAAAAGGUUUAUUACUCUGUUUUGCUCAAGGGAGGGGACAAGUUAGAUGAGGAAAUAUACAGGAUCAAGCUUCCAGGACCUCCUACAGACAUUGGUGAAGGGAAACCUGAAAACCAGAAUCAUGCUAUUAUUUUUACUCGUGGAGAAGCCCUGCAGACAAUAGACAUGAAUCAGGAUAAUUACUUUGAAGAAGCUUUCAAAAUGAGAAAUGUACUGGAGGAGUUAACAAAGCAUCGUCGAAGUGCACGAAAACCCACAAUAUUAGGUCUGAGGGAGCAUAUAUUCACUGGAAGUGUUUCCUCUCUCGCAUGGUUCAUGUCCAAUCAGGAAACUAGUUUUGUAACUAUUGGGCAACGGAUUUUGGCAAAUCCUCUUAGGGUGCGUUUUCAUUAUGGUCACCCUGAUAUUUUUGAUAGAAUAUUUCACAUAACAAGGGGUGGCAUAAGCAAAGCUUCAAGAGUUAUCAAUUUAAGUGAAGAUAUAUUUGCAGGGUACAAUUCAACUUUGCGUGGAGGAUUUAUUACACAUCAUGAGUAUAUCCAAGUGGGCAAAGGGCGUGACGUGGGCAUGAAUCAGAUAUCACUUUUUGAGGCUAAGGUUGCAAAUGGAAAUGGAGAGCAAACACUAAGCCGUGAUGUUUAUCGGCUUGGACGUCGAUUUGAUUUCUACAGAAUGCUAUCUUUUUACUUCACAACAGUUGGUUUCUACUUUAGUAGUAUGGUAACGGUGCUGACUGUGUAUGUGUUCCUUUAUGGGCGUCUGUACAUGGUUAUGAGUGGAAUAGAAAGGGAGAUCCUAGAGAGCCCAGCCAUACGUCAGAGCAAGGCUCUUGAAGAAGCUUUGGCUACCCAGUCUGUUUUCCAAUUAGGCUUGUUGCUGGUGCUGCCAAUGGUCAUGGAAAUUGGUCUUGAGAAAGGGUUCCGUACAGCUUUAGGUGAUUUCAUCAUCAUGCAGCUGCAGCUAGCUUCUGUUUUCUUCACAUUCCAACUAGGAACCAAAGUUCACUAUUAUGGGAGAACAAUCUUGCAUGGAGGUUCUAAAUACCGAGCUACUGGACGUGGGUUUGUCGUUUUUCAUGCAAGGUUUGGUGAUAACUACAGGCUUUAUUCUCGUAGUCACUUUGUCAAAGGGCUGGAGCUGUUCAUCUUAUUGAUUGUGUAUGAAGUUUAUGGGGAAUCUUAUCGUAGUUCGAAACUCUAUUUGUUCAUCACUUUCUCCAUGUGGUUUCUUGUCGCUUCCUGGUUGUUCGCUCCUUUUGUGUUCAAUCCCUCUGGUUUUGACUGGCAAAAAACUGUGGAUGAUUGGACGGACUGGAAACGAUGGAUGGGAAAUCGUGGUGGGAUUGGGAUCUCACCUGAUAAAAGUUGGGAAUCAUGGUGGGAUGAAGAACACGAGCACCUCAAACACACGAAUAUUCGAGGAAGAGUGCUUGAGAUUUUACUUGCAUGUCGCUUCUUUAUCUACCAAUAUGGAAUCGUCUACCACCUUGAUAUAGCUCAUCAUAGCAAGAGUUUGCUGGUUUAUGGCCUUUCUUGGGUGGUUAUGGUAACUGCUCUUAUUGUCUUAAAGAUGGUAUCCAUGGGCAGACGGAAAUUUGGCACUGACUUCCAGCUCAUGUUCAGAAUUCUCAAAGCGCUUUUGUUUCUUGGUUUCAUGUCAGUCAUGACUGUCUUAUUCGUAGUAUGUGGCCUCACUGUAUCAGAUUUAUUUGCUGCUAUCCUUGCCUUCUUGCCGACAGGCUGGGCUAUUCUUCUUAUUGGGCAAGCGUGCAGGGCAUUGUUGAAGAAGGUAGGACUUUGGGAAUCAAUAAAGGAGCUAGCAAGAGCAUAUGAGUACAUUAUGGGAGUGAUAAUCUUCAUGCCCAUCGCCAUCUUGUCAUGGUUCCCAUUUGUUUCAGAGUUCCAAACGCGCUUGCUCUUCAACCAAGCAUUCAGUAGAGGCCUCCAGAUUUCAAUGAUUCUUUCAGGGAGAAAGGAUAAGCUCGAUAAGACAUCACGAGCCUGAAGUAAACAUUAUUUGUUAUUCACAUUCUUGUUAGACCCACACUUAUAUUCUUAGAACUUUUACCUGUGUAACACUUUUUUAAGUGUGCCUUAGUUUUGAUAAAUUAUUGCAAAUUUGUCUUGUCUCUUUUUUUUUUUUUUAAUUUGAAAAGAAACAACCUUGGGAAAGGGAAAGGGAGGAAGAGUUAACCUCCGCAAAACCAUAUUUUCUCCUUUUUUCUGUCAUUUCUUUUUUCCUCUUCUUGUCAGGUUCUACAUCUUCCAAAUCACACAGGCAGAAACACAUGUAUCUACAUAUGUUUCUUGUUUUAGAUGUCAAAGUGCUAUUUAUAGACAGCCAAGUGUUU